GUUGCUUGUUUCUAAUUUCUGUCUCCUUAAAGAUUUCAUUCUGUGUGAAAAUUUAGCUUUGAAUAACAACUAAAAAACUUAAUAAAACAAUAUUUGUGGCCAAAGAAAUUUGUUUAAAAUCUAACGACAAGCUCACAAGAAACGCAGAGACAAUCGAAUUACUAUUUUACAGAAUUUUUUACCAAGAGAGUUAGGAAAUUUCACUAUAUAAAUAUAUAUAUUUUUUUAGCUAAAUAAAACAUAUAAAAGUGACACCUUCAAGAGGAGUUAUAGAUUGAUCUAUAAAUUCGAGGCUCUAGAUCCUUCCUGGCUUAGAGGCCCACGAAAUUAUCUGGAACGAUCCUUGAGUAGCCAGCAUUGUCAUAGAUAUUUCCUCAGUAAUUUCAUACUUGUUGUUUCCGGCUUUUGGUCUCCGAUCAGACCCCACAACAUGAGUCAGUUCUUCGAGGUGACCUGCGACCACUGCCAGACCUGGGGCCUGUUCGACUACAGAUACAAGUGCCUGCGCUGCGCGGACUACGACCUGUGUGCCCGCUGCUACAAGUUCGGCCUGAGGGGCGUGGGCCACGACGUGAGCCAUCCCUUCCAGUGCCUGCUGGACCAGGGUGCCAUGGAGCUCCACUUUGCCGGCGAGCCAAUUCCGGACCUGUGCGCCGACAGCUUCACGUGCCCGAAUUGCGGUGAGCUGGGUUUUUCGGCGGACGAGCUGAUGGCGCAUGUCCGGAUUCGUCACAGCGACGCCCGCACUGCCGUCAUCUGCCCGUUGUGCGUGGCGGUGCCGAGCGCCCAUCCGGCCAGGGUCGACAAUUUGCUUAGCCACAUGAGCAUCGCUCAUCACCACAAUCCCGGCGGGGGCUUCCGCCUGGCCGGAACCGAGCCGCCCGUCACGCAUCAUGUCCUGCCCACCUCUGAGGGGCCACAGGUGCGCUUCAUAUUGCCGGAUGACCAGAGUGAAGAAGAAUGGUAAUCAUAGAUCUCAAAUCUCUAUACCUUUCCAAUUAAUCCCAAGACCAAAGCUAAAGGACAGGGAAAAACACAAAGAAAAGCAUGGAAGAAAUGAAUAAGGAAACCCAGAAAGAUCGCAAGCAGUUGUGGAAUUUCCACGGGCUUGGACCCUUUUGGGGUUCCUUGAAAAGGCAACGAAUUCGAGACGUCAUUAAAAAUAAAUAUUUAAAUAAAUUAUCUAUAAAUAGUUGAGUAAAUUAAAUACAUUUUAAAUGUUUU